UUUGCUGCUGCUGCUGCCGCCGCCUCCUCCUUUUCGCUGCUGCUGCUGCUGCUCUUUCUUUCUCCGACAGCCAUUUCGUGAGCACGUAUCGUGGGCACCGAGGACCCUGGAGCGCGGCGGUCACGUGUGGCCAGGGAUGUAAGAAGGUUUUCAUGUUUUCCAGUUAUAUUGAUUUUCAUUGUAAAAAGAGAAACAAUUGAAAACACCAAUCCUUGGUAUAACUUUUGUUCUCAUUAAGGGGCAUUAUGACUGAAGAGCAAUUUGUUAACAUUGAUUUAAAUGAUGAUAAUGUUUGCAGCAUAUGCAAAUUAGGAACAGAAAGAGAGACUCUUUCAUUCUGCCACAUUUGUUUCGAGCUAAGCAUUGAAGGAAUACCAAAGUCUGAUCUUCUGCAUACAAGAUCAUUAAGGGGACACAGAGACUGCUUUGAGAAAUUCCACUUAAUAGCAAACCAGAGUUGCCCACAAUCAAAAUUAUCUAAGAGUACAUAUGCAGAAGUAAAAAACAUUUUGAGCAAAAAAAUUAACUGGAUUAUACAGUAUGCACAAAACAAAGAUACGGAUUUGGAUUCAGAAAGUUCAAAACAGACACGGCACCGGAUUUUUAGCUUUAGACAUCAGAGAGAGAAAAAGUUACUUCCACAGUUUGAUUCCCAAGUCCCUAAAUAUUCUGCAAAAUGGAUAGAUGGAAGCUCUGGGAGUAUUACAAACUGUUCACAGAAUAUUCUAGAAUCAAGAGAACCCAGUGAUUUUAGAUUUGGCAUGUUGGAACAAAGAGGUGCUACAUUUUGUUGUAAUAACUCAUUAUGGUCUACUCAUAACCAGUCAUCAGAAUUGGGAAAAACUAAGAAAGAUCCAGUUAGCUGUCUACGAAGAUUUCCCCAGUACAGCAGAGAGCAAUUGAAUAUGAUGCCUCUAGGAGAAGUUGAACAGUUGAAUGGGAAACUACUCAAGCAAGUACAUGAUGUGUUUGAAGAAUUGACUAAGCAAGUACAAGAAAAAGACUCCUUGGCUUCAGAGCUUAAUGUCCGUCAUAUUGCUAUUGAGCAACUGCUAAAGAACUGUUCAAAACUGCCAUGUUUACAGAUGGGACGAGCAGCUAUGAAAUCCAAUGUAUCCAUAUAGCCAUGACAAACUUGCAUUUUCUACCUUUGUUUCUUUAUCUCAUAUCUAUAAGUUAGAUUUUGGGGAAAAAAGCUUGCACAUUUGAGCAGUAUUUUGGGGGGAAAAUUAAGCUUGUGGGUACACAGAGUGUUUCCAUUUUUAAAGAGGAAAAAUAGAUAUGGAUAGCAUUUUUAUUCUGAGCUUCAUAUCAUUUCCCGUAUUUAGUUGAACUGUGUGAAUCUUGAUACAGUGAGGCAACAUGUCUUAAAAGCACGGCUGUUUGAGCCUCCCACACUGUUUUAUGUGCAUGGACGUACAUGCCCAAACACCUUGCUAUGAUUGCCAUCUCUAUACUUUGAGCAGUGGAUUUGGAGGAGUGGUUUUGCAAAGCACUCCUCCAGAAGAUUUGCACAGCCUAAUAAUUAUUUUCCUUUGUCACCAAUUACCAAUAUUUCAGCUUCAUUUAACAAAUAAUUCUAACCACCUGUAAAUAACCUGUGAGAUAACAGGUAAAAUACAGUUUUAAGAAUUAAGAAAUAAUGGAACAACCAGUAUUCGUCUGCAUUUUUUUUUAUUUAUUGCAAGCAAUAUUUUAUUACUGAAUUUUAUAAAAAGAAACUAUUUUAGGUACUUUUCCAGAUCUUUUUAUAAAAGUUUUGAAUUAUAAAUAGCAUUUUGCCUGGUGUAAUGAGUGUUACUCUUUUUUCAGGUCAAUGUAAUUACCUUUCAUGAUGGAAGUUUUAAAAAAGCUCGUUCCCAAAGAUACAAUCUUAGUAGUUGUACUAUAUUACCUUUAAUUUUAAGAGUGUAGAAUUUUACCAGACAUAAGAAAUUCAAGCCAAGCACCUACUUUUGGAAUGAUGGUUCAUGCUUUGUUAAUAUAAGCAGAGCUCAACUUCAGUUUUGUAUGUGAAUUUCUAUUGUUUAAUAAAAGUAAAUGGCUUAAAAAAACCCUAUAAUACCUCAAAUUAAUUGUUAGUAAUACUUUAUGUCACUUGUGAACUUUAUAGAAACCAUGAAACUGUUAAAUACUAUCCUAGGUUAGGCUCCAAAGAUCCUACAAGAGAAAUGUUUUGUCUCUGAAUAUUGCCAGAAAAAAAGUAAAAUACACAAAUACUUGGUACUCAUGGGGAUAAAGUUGUAUAGGUUGAAAGCUGACGAGAAAUCUCAUUCUGGUAAAUACAUUCUUUUUGUAAAGCAGCAAUAUGAUUAUUUUGUGUGCUUUCAGACCUGAACUAAAAACAUUUCCAAUCACACUUCAUACUAACGCUUCACUUGUACAAGGUCUGGUCCAAAAUGCAAACAGAUCUGUCUGUGUGAUCCAUAGUUUUCAAAAAACGGGAUUCAAAUGCUGGAUUAUGCAGGAGCUAUAUAUAUCCCCUCUCAUGCAGACUGAAGAGGGCUGGGGCUGCACACAUGCUCUGUUCUCUAUAUAUUUAGAUAAUUGCCCAAAAUGGGCUUGAGUUUCAGAAAUAGUCUGUCCAGUGGGCAUUGCAAGCCUCUGUGAAGAUA